AUCCAUGUUGCACACUUAUCGAAUAUCAUGUAAAUAGCGUUAACAGCUUCAUUAGACACCUUUCUAUCCCACUAUAAAUAUUGCACUUGCAACUGGGAGGAUCAGUCAAAACUUUCUCUGCAUCAUGGAAGUGAUCCUACUUGCACUAUUUGUUUGCUUGGCACAAACCGGGGCGGAAAAUGCUGCGUCCUGUAAAGCAGGAGAUGUAUGGGCUACUUCAAAUCCAUUGUACUAUUAUAAAUGUUUGGCUCCAGGAGUGGCAGUUCAGCUGAAGUGUCCUGAAGGGACAUACUUCGGUGGCGCUGGAUGCGUUGAAGGGGUUCCUCCUGGUACCACUUCACCCUCUAGUACAGAGGAUACUACGACGACAACCUCUUCCACAACGACGACGACGACCACCACCACAUCACCUGCUACCAUACCAACUUGUCCUACAGUUGAGUCUACGACACCAUCUACUACUAAAAGUACCACAACCCCUUCAACUACAACGACAACUUCCACUGAAAGCACGACUACAUCUUCAACCACAACCACAACUACGGCUUCAACUCCCGGCGUACCAUCUCCUGGUACUGAACCUCCUACUCCUGGAAGUGGAGAUUCAGCAGCGGAUACUUCUUCAUCUGGUGCUGUCACCCCUGCAACAGAGCCGCCAACACCACCCAACCUAUAAUGUUUUGUUUGCAAAGAGAAUAAUGAACGAUUUAACGCACUUACCGGAGUAAUUAUCCGAUGAAUCCAAGGCGAAUAAAUCAAUGUUUGUCCCUAUAAAA